UGUUGAUGCUAAAAGUGUGUUGUGUGCUAUUGUUCAUCGUUUUGGCCGACUGCGGCAAAACUAUUUCGCGCCAAAAUAAUGCUUUAAAAAAGGAACUAAAUAGAGGUACAAAACGUCCUGCGCGCAAGGAAGUGUUCGACAACUUGUUCAAUAUCUAUGACCCGUCGUUUUUGGCGGUAGUGUGGCCCAAAAUUACAAAUGGAAUGCAUAUCUUGGUUGACCAUACUUGUUGGGAGGAGCUCGGACUUUUCUUCAAAGAGUUGACGGAUGGCAAGGCAUGGGCAUACAACGCUUUAGACGCAUCAGGGCGUUAUGGAUCUGGACUUUUUAUGGGGAACCGAUUUUGGUUGGGAUCCAAAGAGCAAUGUUUGGAUUUGGACCAACUUUCUAGGAAACCGAAUAAAAGUGGAAUAGUAACAGAUAUGGAACAAAACGAUGUUAGCCACGUAUCUAGGCAGAAAUACUUUGACGAUGAAUCGCACCAGUGGAGAUGGAUGGUGCAGUAUGAAGAUACGCCGAUGAAGGUCGCCGAUAGCUGGCCGCCGUACCGCCUCGCUUACUCCACCCUCGGCAUCACUCUGAACAUCACCAAGUCAAACAUGAUAAAGUCGACAGACAUAACUCUAGGCCUGUGCAUGCCGUAUUCCUGCUCACCGAGAGACAUAACAUCUGUCAUCAAUUUCUCGAUCAUGAUCAACGACAAUUUGAAAACAAAUAACACAACAUCUCGGGUGGCGAGAAUCACAAGCGUGAGGCGGGUGCAGGGGCACUACGAGUUCACAUCCGACAGAGCUGCAGUACUAUUGCUGUGCCUCACAGCAAUCCUUGUGGCUUUAGUCGUAACCGCCACAACCAUAGAUCUAGAUCUGAUGAAAUGUCUACCAUACGGCUCAAAGUCCAUGACGUUCGAUUUAGAAAAGUACAAUACGGAUCCAAAUAGAAGGAUGGGGAAAGAGAAUGGAAAACUUGAGAAUGGAGCGAAGUCAGAGACUGAAGUUUUGCCAGUAGAACACGCGACCCCGCACUACAUGGCGGUGGACAGCCUGGUGAAGUGCAGCGCUCCCGCGAUUACGCUGGACGUGAAUUGUGCGGAGAAGACAAUAGGCAGCUGCAGGCGAUGCGGGAAGUACAGGAAGCAGUGCAUCAACCCGCGCCAGCUCGACAACCUGCCGCCGUGUCCGCGACUCAAGUACAACUCGUUCGCAAGCCUCAGCACAGAGAGCAAGAAGACUAAUGUCUUCUGCAGGCUCCUCCUGUGCUUCUCUCUGGCGUACUGCUGGAAGAGAAUCUUCAACACAAACACGGCGAACAAAGAUCUGUCCUUGAUACACGUGAUGAGAGUCUUUGCAACGUUUUGGAUAAUGUUCGUGCACGUCGCGGUUAUUGUCGAAUAUAUUGCAGAUACAGCUCUUGAUGUCAAUGCGCAGAAUGAUGUUUACUUAAUUAUCGCCACCGGAACAAUCGCUUUUGAUACAUUAUUUUUUGUGAGCGGCCUCUUCAGUUCACACCAUUUCUUCUUCUUGAAGAGCCAGUACAGCGUGAAGGAGCUGGUUGGAUUCCAAGGAGCCUGCGGGCAGGUCCUGCAGUUUAUCUGCUUCGUCACUAACAGGGUCAUCAGGUUGCUACCUUCAUACGCGUACGCGGUGCUAUUGUCAGGGGUGUUGGCACUGUCGUCAUACAAAACUGCUACACUAGCCCUGCCCGACGAUGAUGAGCACAACUGUCGCAAGUACGGCUGGAGGAACCUCCUCUACAUCACCACAGCCUACCCCAUACAGGAACAGUGCAUGCAAAUCUCCUGGUACCUCUCAACGGAGACACAACUGCACAUGCUGGGCGCGCUACUCUGCGCCGUGAGCGCGGCGUCCAGCAUGCGCGCGCGCAUCGCCGCCGGCGUCACCAUGCUGGCCAUGCUGGCCGCCACUAUCGCUGAUGCUAGCGCCGCGUUCUUUGAUUUUGGACAGACAUUUACAAACUCAUUUGGUGCAUAUGCCGUUAUCAUCGAGCGACCGUGGGCUCGCGUCGCUCCUUACUUCAUGGGCGUGUUCGCGGGUUGGCUGAUACACAUCGUUCAAGGAAAGCUCAAGGUUUCUAAGGUGACAUCGGGUUUGCUAUGGAUGGCGUCGAUAUCGUUUAUGUUCACAUCAUCAGCAGUGCCUCUGGUGGGGCUGCCUUGGCUAGCCGCGUGGCUUCACCUGACCUGGCCCAUAGCCUUGCUGUGGCCUGUUUUGAUGGGCACUACUACUUGGGCUACAAUUUUCCGGCGGCUUUUAGCCCGGUCGUCGAUAGCAGCGCUGAGCCGGUUGAGUUACGGCAUGUUACUGCUGCACUCCGCAGUAGCGCGGUCCAUGUUGCUGUCUAUGGAUUCAGCACUAUGUUCUACUACUUUGUGUAUUUGGCUGUAUUUUGCGGGAACAACAGUAGUAACGUUAGUAGCAUCUCUAUUACUCUCUCUCCUAGUUGAGAUGCCAUGUUGCAGCCUCCUUAGAAGACUCUCCGACUGCGCAUCAUAACAGUAAAACAACUCACAUUAUUUGUAAUAAAAGUUAUAUUUAUUUAUUUAUAAUAUUCGGUAAAAAACUUACAACUAAGUAAUUAUAUUUACAGCCUAUUUACAUUAUUAGGUACAUGAGUAAAUGUACAUAUUUAUCGUAUUUUAUAUAAUUAUUUAUUUUAUUCAGCUGAUAUUUAUUUAAGUUGGUCAGAAGUAG